AUGUCUCAGAUUCUUCAUCAAUUCCAAAUCUCACCUUCUUCUUCAUUUGCUCCUCCUCCUAUUACCGUGAAUCAAUCAUCAUCUUCCGGUAAUAAUAAUCGAAUAAGCCCAAUCGUUCUGUUCAUCAUCGUUCUCUUGUCGGUCAUCUUCUUCAUCUGUAGCAUUCUACAUUUAGUGGUCAGAUAUUACUUGAAGAAGAAAAGAUCGAGUCUUUCUUCAUCACCGACUCAAUCUGAUCGAAACCCAGAAUUUUCCGACUCGGAAACUUACCAAAGACAGCUUCAACAGCUGUUUCAUCUCCACGAUUCAGGUCUAGAUCAAGCUUUAAUCGAUGCCCUUCCCGUCUUUCUCUACAAGGAAAUCAAAGGCUUGAAAGAGCCUUUCGAUUGCGCAGUAUGUCUCUGUGAAUUCUCCGAGGAAGAUAAGCUUAGAUUGCUUCCGAUUUGUAGUCACGCUUUCCACAUCGAUUGUAUCGACACAUGGCUUCUCUCAAACUCCACAUGUCCGCUUUGUAGAGGAACCCUUUUCUCUAUAGGUCACCAAUUCGAAAACCCGGAUUUCAAUUUCGGGUUUUUCGCCACCGCCGGAGAAGAUGGAGCUAGGGUUUCUCCGGUGCAGAAACCGGCGGAGAAUGAUAUAAGGAGUGGGAAGAGAGUGUUUUCAGUGAGGCUUGGCAAGUUUAGAAGCACCAAUGUUAAUGUUGGUGAAGGAGGAUUAGGAGAGAGUAGUGGUUGUGUGAGUUCAAUGAAUAGUAAUCUUGAUAACAGAAGAUGUUUCUCAAUGGGGUCUUAUCAGUACAUAGUGGCUGAAUCAGAUCUGGUGGUGGCUUUGUGUCCUAAUAAGAAUGUGAAAGAAGGAGAGAGUAAUGUUGAAGGGAAGAAGAUUAACAUGAGGAGUAAAGGUGAGAGCUUUUCUGUGUCAAAGAUUUGGCAAUGGUCUAAUAAAAGAUCAAAGUUUCCAAAUCCCAAUCUGGUUGGUUCUUCUUCUUAUGCUUGUUCUGCUGCAUCUGGUACUGCUACUGGACUUCCAUUGAAUGGAAGGAGAUUUCAGGGUCCAUGA